CAGGAUGUUAUAUGCUUGAGAUUUGUUUUCUUUCUUUAGACUUUCUUGGUGUAAAUAACUCGUUUCUUCGGCUGUUCGGUCGGCCUAAAGUGCCGUUAGCGAUGGGUCAGUCGGCGUGGAAACCCCGUAAAGAUAACGUGUCGUGAACCGCAGACGGUGGAUAUCCAGUCCGGGUCAAUGGACGCCAGCGCAGGGCGUGAAGUGCUGCUGUUUUGACAGCUGGGUUGAGCCUCCAGUACCUGGUCCGAGCUGCUGACAACACACACGAACUUUAAACACUAAAGUUUAUUUGUGAUUUUGAUUCAGAGACAAAUCUCCACGUCCGUGAAGUAGUUUAUAAAGAGCUAUUGACGGGAAAGCAGAAAGGUGAGAGACGCUUCUCUUGCCACUAAUCUCCUCACACCGACCAGGGGCCAUGGCCUCUUCCCGGCUGAAGUACCUCUCCCUGGGCGUGCUGGUGUUCCAGACCACCUCCCUGGUGCUCACCAUGCGGUACUCCCGCACCCUGCAGGCCGAGGGCCCGCGCUACCUGGCCUCCUCGGCUGUGGUGGUGGCCGAGGUGAUCAAGAUCAUCACCUGUGUGCUGCUCGUCUUCAAGGAGCACAGUUACAGCAUGCGAGCUCUGAACAGCGUUCUGCGUCAGGAAAUCAUGCACAAACCCAUCGAAACGCUGAAGCUGGCGAUUCCCUCCGGCAUCUACACGCUGCAGAACAACCUGCUCUACGUCGCCUUGUCCAACCUGGACGCUGCCACCUACCAGGUGACGUACCAGCUGAAGAUCUUGACCACGGCGUUGUUCUCGGUGUCCAUGCUGGGCCGCCGGCUGGGCGUCUACCAGUGGCUGUCGCUGCUGAUUCUCAUGGGCGGAGUGGCUCUCGUGCAGUGGCCCUCUGAGCCGACGGCGGCCCCAGAGAAGGACGCCCCCUCUGCGGGCUCCCAGUUCGUCGGCGUGGCGGCGGUGCUGGUGGCGUGCUUCUCCAGCGGCUUCGCCGGCGUCUACUUUGAGAAGAUCCUCAAGGAGAGCAAACAGAGCGUCUGGGUCCGCAACAUCCAGCUCGGGCUGUUCGGCCUGGUGUUUGGCCUCUUUGGGAUGGUGGCCUACGACGGAGAGAGGGUGAAGGAAUCGGGAAUGUUCCAGGGAUACAACACGGUCACCUGUUCCGUUGUAGCACUGCAGGCGCUGGGCGGUCUGGUCAUAGCAGCGGUCAUCAAGUAUGCAGACAACAUCCUCAAGGGCUUUGCGACAUCGCUCUCCAUCAUCCUGUCAACUCUUAUAUCGUACUUCUGGCUGCAGGACUUCGACCCCACUGGCGUGUUCUUCCUGGGGGCCGUUCUGGUCAUCGCGGCCACUUUCCUCUACGGCUACGAGGGCCGGCCAUCCCCCAACCCCAGCAGGGCGUAGGACCCUCGGGGGGCCCAGACUACAGCAGCAGCAGGAGGUCCUGUUGAAGCGGGGGGGGAAAAGACUCGGUGGGGGAGUUGAAAGGAGGACGGAGAGCUGGAGGAAAAGAAGGGGAAAGGUCUUUGACAUAUGUAAGAGGAGGUGAGCAGGAAGAGAGGAAAAGGACUAAUGAACCAAAAGCAAUGCUGCAUGUGAUUGGUCCCACACACCAAAAGUGCCUCAGCUGAGAUGGAUACCCAAUGAGGAAAGACAUCGGGUGAAACCGGAUUGUAUGUUUGUUUUUUUAUUUGUUUUUGUUCAAUAAUAAUGUCUGGAGAGCAAUUCUCAUCAGGACCGACUGAUUGUGCUCGUGAGGAUUCGUUUGACUGCCACUCGCUGUCACUGCCGCGUCAGCCACUACGAUAAAGGGUGAGAGGGGCAGUUACUUGAGAUGGAGUGCGAUUGACUCGCCCACCUCAGAGGUGCAGUGUUUAAGACUCUUGAUAGUCUUUUUCUCUUCUUUUUUUUUUGUCCCACUUUGAGCUCUCGGAGCACAUUUUAGGCCAUUUUCCCCCAAAGAUGAGCCUUCACCGCCAUUGUUUGCUCUAAGGACACGCGGUCACACGUGUGCACCGUUGCCCAUAGACUUGCAUUGGAAAAGCGAUGACUGAGGGAAAUCUAAUUCCUACUAUAAACAAUUGAAUAGCUUCUUUUUUUUAAAUUUGUAGGUGCUAACAUUCACUAAUGACUGAAUCCAGAGUUAUUUUUUCUUCUGUUUAUGUGAAUGAGGUUAUGAAUGAGGCUGGGAGGCGGGGUUAAAGUUAUAUGGAGUAAUUAAAACGUUCCUUUGCUCAAUGCGCCGCUCUCCGUAGGAACGAACGAGGCCCCGCCUCCAACGCCGUGGCCACUUCUCCGUGUGGCUCUAACAGUCGAAUGGUUUCAGAUGCCCGGCAGGCAAAACUCACCUUUACACCACGGGCGAUGUAUUCACCAGAACUAGUAUUGUUUCCUUUAAUAUCAGCUCCCAUUUGACAUUUUAUUCAGUUAUUUUUUUGGGAAACAGCUUUUGUUGCCAAGCAACACUGAGUCAUUGGGACUUCCCUGAUUCAAUGCAGUGACCGACCGGUCCGACCGGGUGACGUUUAACGUUUAACAGAAAUCUGGGUGUUACAGGAAUGAAAGUGAGUAUGUGGUGAACAUUUUGUACGACUUGAAAGUACGUUAACCUGGGGUGUAAAUAAUCACCACCAUUUAAAUUGUAAUCUGAAAAAUCUAAAUGAAUCGUCUAUUUAAUUAAUUAAUUAAUUAAUUGGGCUUUCACAAUUCAAAGCCCCUGAUUGUAAACAUCCAGUUUUUUUUCUUCAUUUUUUCUUUCCUUUUUGGAUGAAGCGGGUAUAAUUAAUAACUUGAUUAUUAUGAUUAUCAAUAUGUGAAUAUUUUAUAAAAGAAAAAUGUUUCCUAGAAGAUUUUUGUUAUUGCGUUGAUUUCAUUGAGUAUACCCCACCACCAGACCUCUACUCUAAAAUGUGCACUAUUAUAUAUAUUUCAUAUUUCUAUAUAUAUAUAAUUUAUAAAUAUAUUAAAUAUUUAUAUAUAUUUAAUAUAUAUAUAUAUUUAAUUUAUUAAAUAUAAUAAUAUUCCGUUGUGCAUAUAUAUAUUUAAUAUAAUAUUUUGAUAUAUAUAUCUCAUUUAACCACCUUCGCAGUCAUUCAUUUAAACCCAAUUGUCUCAACGGCAUUGUCUUUUUCUGGGUACAUCUUUGCACAAUAACAAGUUUACCGCGUGUGUUUUAUUCCUUGGCAGGUUGCCUUUCGAACGGCAAACUCCAUGAAAUGAAUAAAUUCAGACUUUUGGUUCA